GUUUUGAUAUUUUUUUUAAAUAAAUAUUUAAUUUGUUUUUUUUGUGACCAAAUGUUUUGACUAUUUUUUUGUUUGUUGAAGACAUGAGUAAAUCUGAUCCGAAAAAACGUACAAAAGAUUUGGCCGCUGUUUGUCUGCCGUUUCCCUAUCCAGUGGUCAAUAGUAACGGUAGUAAUCGAUCGGUAGUGUGGCCACUGACCGAACCAGGAUUUCCGCUGUUUUACGGGACGUUCAACGCCGUCGAUAAAUGUGUCCAAAUUUUGGACGAAACGGCCGCAGUUUGUCUCCGAAAUAUGGGUUUCUUUGGCAUUAAUCCGAGCGUUCGGCUCAACUCAAGAGGUUUACCACAACAACAACAGCAACGCCGACAACAGUUUAAAGACAAACAACAGAAAUCAAACGAUGAUGUGAUGGACACCAGUAAUAAAGACACUAAAAAAUUACCGAAAGAGACCAACUAUUUGAACGGCAAAUACGUUUUGGUCAGCACUUCUUUGCCAAACGCUUCCACUAGUUUCUCCUCCGGUGACGAUAACGACUGUACCGAUGAUAAAGCCAUUGUUGUCGACGACGACGAAGACGAAGAAUCAUUUGAUAGUGAUUCAGAUGUCGACGACGAUAACAGAUGUCAAUCAUUAUCUAAAAGUGAUAACAAAGACAACGUAACCAAACUAUCACUGAUUGAAUCAUUUUUCAUAUCCUAUGUCUUCGGCUCUUUGAAUGUCAUGAAUCCCGACGACGACGACAAUAGCGACUAUCUAUCGCUUAAGCAAAUGUGGCUCAAGUUUGCCAAUCAUUAUAGCACUGAUCCACAAGAGUUUGCCGUCCAUUACAGUGCUUAUCAUUAUUUCCGAUCGAAAGGUUGGAUCGUCCGAAACGGUAGCUCUUUUGGUGUCCAUUAUGUGCUCUACAAAGAGGGUCCGCAUCUCUAUCACGCUCUCUAUUCAGUGAUAAUUCAGUACACCAUCGAUGGCAACGAUAGUGAAGACAAUCGACAUUCAAAGGCCGAACCGAUCGAUUGGUUUCAUAUGUCAGCUCUUAUAAGACUACAGAAGAAUGUCCGCAAACAAUUGUUAGUUUGUAUGAUAACUGUUCCCAAAGAUUGUGACAUAUCUGCACCAAAUUGUAUCAAACAGUUUGAAAUUGAUUUAUUAGAAUUUAAUCGCUGGAAUACAUUCAAGAAAAACCAAUGACAGAGAUGUCGUCGACGAUUAGCUGCUGAUGAAGAAAAAUGUUGAAUAAAUUCAAGACAUUUAUCGCAACCAAUGGUUACACUAAGUCAAACAUUUGUCAAAAGAUUUGAAAUUAUAUGAAAUGAAAUAAAACCGAAAAUCAAAAGACAAUCAACAAAAAAAUA